UAGGAACCUCCUUCAAGUAGUCGUACUGACACGGUCACGCAUCACCACGUUCCCCUCCCCGCAAGCCAAACACGAACACCACCACUCCCUUGACCUCGCCGUCCUCCCCGAUCCCCGGCGAUGGCCGCGCGGCGCCCCGGAUCCGCUGCCCCCGGGUGGCUGCGCCCAUCCGCGCUGCUCCUCCUGGCCGCCGUCCUCGUAUUGUCUGCCGCGCCGCCGGUUCGAGCGCUCCGGUUCGACCUCGAGUCGGGCCACACCAAGUGCGUCUCCGACGAGAUCAAGAUCAAUUCCAUGGCCGUCGGCAAGUACCACGUCGUCGGGCCCGAUCCCAACUUCCCCGACGCCCAGAUCCCGGACUCGCACCGCGUCUCCCUCAGGGUGACGUCGCCGUACGGGAACAGCAUGCACUACGCGGAGAACGUGCAGUCGGGGCACUUCGCCUUCACGGCGGCAGAGGCGGGCGACUACCUGGCCUGCUUCUGGGCGCCCGACCACAAGCCACCGGUCACCAUCGAGUUCGAGUUCGACUGGAGAAGCGGCGUCUCGGCCAAGGACUGGCCCAGCGUCGCCAAGAAGGGCAAGGUCGAUAUGAUGGAAUUGGAGUUGAAGAAGCUAGAGGAAACUAUAAAAAAUAUCCAUGAAGAAAUGUUUUAUCUACGUGAAAGGGAGGGGGAAAUGCAGAACCUAAACAUGAAUACAAACUCAAGGAUGGCUUGGCUCGGGUUCCUCUCGCUCGGCAUCUGCUUAUCCGUGGCCGGUUUGCAGCUGUGGCACCUGAAGACCUUCUUCGAGAGAAAGAAGCUGCUGUAGUUCUCCCAUGAUUCACGAUAGCACACAGCACGGGGUGGCUAGGUGUAACUUAUUUUUGUCAUACUUGCGAAACAUGCUUCACUGUGCUCAAGCCCGUCAAGUUGAAAUUCUAAAAAUGUUGUAGAAAACUAAAAUGUUGUCUGAUCUAUAGUUCAUCGGGUAAUUUGGAGCA